AUGGAACAACUUUACAACGUCAUCAACUACUUCCACAAAGACGAUACAAUAAAUCGUACCACGCUUGGAAUUGAUCGUGUACGUGGUGGGCAGGCUUUUCUUCGCUGGAGGGGCUCUGACGCUUUGGCCUUGGUGGCUCUCUUUAUCGCUUACCCUGUAGUAUACACCUUGGAGCCCUUCCAGAGGCAGUUUUACGUGGACGACUUGACAAUCUCGCAUCCAUUUGCUGAACACGAGAGGGUCACUGCGGGAGAGUUGUUCUUUUACGCUUCUGUGGUGCCGCUCAUUGUCAUUGGUGCUGUUUCACUUAUCAUCACAAAACCGCAACAUAAAGUGUAUGUGACCUACGUGCUGAUAUUGGGGUUGUUGCUUUCUGUGUUUAGUGCCAGUAUCAUCACAGAUAUUCUAAAGAAUGCUUUUGGCAGACACAGACCUGACUUUUUGGCGAGAUGCGUGCCCAAGCCUGACACCCCCAAGGGCGUGUUGGUGUUUGCCAAAGACGUGUGCACCACAGAUGAUAGGGCACUUUUGUUAGACGGCUUUAGAACGACACCCUCUGGCCACUCGUCUAUCUCGUUUGCAGGCCUUUUAUUUUUAAGUCUUUGGCUUGCCGGCCAGUUUACCGUCACUAGACCAUACUCUGGCGCGUGGAGGUGGGCCAUUGUCGCUGCCCCCACUAUAGGGGCGCUGCUUAUCGCUUUGAGUAGAACCGAGGAUUAUAGACAUCAUUUCGUCGACAUCACCGUCGGACUGAUUCUUGGCAUUGUCGUUGCCGUGUGGCUGUACUUGAGACUCUUCCCCUUGAUUCAGCACGAGAAGAGCUUCGAGCCCAGGGUGUUGAUCGAGGAGGAUACUGAUCACAACGGAUAUAGCCCAGUUUAA